ACAAAUAAAUCUAUGUUGAGCAUGAAGAAGUGAGAACCCUUGUAACCAAAAAAAAAGAAGUGAGAACCCUAGACCGUCGCAUCUGCAGCCUUCCACCCCGGCGCUCCUCUGUUCCGCUCGAGCUCGACUGCUCACUCUCUCCAUCUCCGUCUUUGAAAGAAGCGGGAGAAGUUAUUGAGAAGAAAGAUGUUGUGGGUUGACAAGUACCGUCCCAAAACUCUUGACCAUGCUAUGGUUCACAGCGACAUCGCUCAAAAUCUCAAGAAAUUGGUUACUGAACAUGAUUGCCCUCAUUUGUUGUUCUAUGGCCCAUCAGGCGCUGGCAAGAAAACACUCAUCAUGGCUCUUCUCCGCCAAAUGUUUGGACCCGGUGCUGAGAAGGUGAAGGUGGAAAAUAGGGCAUGGAAAGUGGAUGCUGGAAGUAGAUCUAUAGAUUUAGAGCUGACUACAUUAUCAAGUGCGAACCACAUCGAAAUGACUCCAAGUGAUGCAGGCUUUCAGGACAGAUACAUUGUUCAAGAAAUAAUCAAAGAAAUGGCUAAGAAUAGACCCAUUGAUACUAAAGGGAAGAAAGGAUUUAAAGUACUAGUGCUUAAUGAUGUUGACAAACUCUCUAGAGAAGCUCAACAUUCUCUCCGCAGAACAAUGGAGAAAUACAGCGCUUAUUGCAGAUUAGUUCUAUGUUGCAAUAGCUCUUCAAGAGUCACAGAAGCAAUCCGCUCCCGUUGUCUUAAUGUGCGAAUUAAUGCACCAAGUGAAGAACAGAUUGUUGAAGUUUUACAGUUCAUUGGUAAGAAAGAAGGGCUGCAACUUCCUUCUAGUUUGGCUGCUCGCAUAGCAGAGAAAUCAAAUCGGAAUUUAAGGAGGGCCAUAUUGUCAUUUGAGACUUGUCGUGUCCAACAGUAUCCUUUCACCGACAAGCAAACAAUUCCCCCAAUGGACUGGGAGGAAUAUAUUUCUGAAAUUGCAUCUGACAUAAUGAAGGAACAGAGCCCAAAAAGGUUGUUUCAAGUUCGAGGAAAGCUGUAUGAGCUGCUGACCAAUUGCAUUCCUCCCGAGAUCAUUUUGAAGAGACUUCUUUAUGAGCUAUUGAGGAAACUUGAUGCGGAACUGAAGCAUGAAGUCUGCCAUUGGGCAGCAUAUUAUGAGCAUAGGAUGCGCCUUGGACAGAAGGCAAUUUUUCACAUUGAAGCAUUUGUGGCUAAGUUUAUGAGCGUCUACAAGUCCUUCCUCAUCGCAACAUUCGGCUGAAGAAAGGACGGUGCUUUGCUUUUCGAAGAUACAAUUUUAUUGUAUUAAUGAUUGGAAAUAACUUGCAUGAUGAGUUUUCUCUCAUCUUCUCAACUUAAGGUUUUCUCAUCUUGUAUGCAUACUGCAAUCAUCAUGGAAGAUUUCUAAUGUUUUGGUUUGUAUAGAUGUUAUGCUUCGUAAUAUUAUGUGCUUUGCAUGAUGUUUGAUUA